UUGCGUCGCAUUGAUGAUACUUCGCAGCGUCGGCGAAGCUAGUUGAACGGAAGAGGACAUCGGUGGAGGGCAUUACAUGUAACUCCAAAUCAGUAAACUCUUCAAGAGUUUGCCAUCACCUUAACGGAAAUGUUUUCACUUUCCACUUCCCUACAGCCGCAGGUAACAGUCCAGCUGAGUCACCUCAUCAAUGCCCUGCACUCUCUGACGGGUUCAGUGACCAGCAAUACUUCAGUCAGUCACAAGCAAAAAGACAACGCACCAGAACAAGACCUGAACAGCACAGAGCCAUCAUGGAGCCUCAGGGAUUUUGGUCUGACAGAUCUAAGGGCGGUUCCGUUGGAUGAGCUGGUAGACAGACUUCUACCCUGCAUUAAUCCACAGCAGCUGCUGCCACCCUCACCAAUGAAGACUGUGCCAAACAUCUGGACUACUUCCCACCUUUCCUCAGAUUCAUUCUUUCACAAUAAACAUGGGUUCUCAAGAAUGGGUGGUGUUACUCCUGUGUUCUCUAGACAGAACAAGACACCUCUCCAAACACUAUGCACAGAUCUCAAAUAUUUACCAUUGUUUGUCCCAAAGCGAGGUUUUAAAACUCUGAAGUCCAAAACGCGCCGUCUUCAGGGCAGUAAUGAAAGUUCAGUGGAGCCUGAGGGAUUCACACCAUCCUUUAUGAAGGGCUUGCUAACACGAGACAAAGGCCAAGAUGUUGAAACUUUGGACAAGCUCCUUAAAAAUAGAAACAUUCCUGAUGGUCAACAUGAUGCUUUUAAGACUGGUUUUGCAGAAGGCUUCCUCAAAGCACAGGCCCUAACACAGAGAACCCAAGAAUCAUUAAGGAGGACACGACUAAUUUUGUUGGUGCUCUUGCUGGUAGGCCUCUAUGGUCUCUCAAAAACACCUUUCUUAUCAGUGAGAUUCCGAACCACAUCAGGCCUGGACUCGGCAAUGGAUCCUGUCCAGAUGAAGAACGUCACCUUCGAGCAUGUAAAGGGUGUGGAUGAGGCCAAGAACGAGUUGCAGGAGGUGGUGGAGUUUCUACGCAACCCACAGAAGUUCACAGUUUUGGGAGGAAAACUGCCUAAAGGAAUCAUGCUGGUUGGGCCUCCAGGUACAGGAAAGACACUGUUGGCCCGUGCUGUAGCGGGUGAGGCAGAUGUGCCAUUUUACUAUGCAUCCGGCUCAGAGUUUGAUGAGAUGUUCGUUGGGGUCGGUGCCAGUCGAAUAAGAAACCUUUUCAGGGAGGCUAAAGCUAAUGCUCCUUGUGUCAUCUUCAUUGAUGAGCUGGACAGUGUGGGAGGAAAGAGGAUUGAGUCUCCCAUGCACCCCUAUUCUAGACAGACUAUCAAUCAGCUUCUAGCUGAGAUGGAUGGGUUUAAGCCAAAUGAAGGUGUCAUAAUAAUUGGCGCAACAAACUUCCCUGAAGCUUUGGAUAAUGCUCUGAUCCGGCCAGGCCGCUUUGAUAUGCAGGUUACCGUCCCCAGGCCAGAUGUGAAAGGCCGCACUGAAAUCAUCAAGUGGUACCUUAAGAAAAUAAAAGUAGACUCUGCUGUGCAGGCAGAGGUCAUUGCCAGAGGAACAGUGGGGUUCUCUGGUGCUGAUCUGGAGAAUCUUGUUAACCAGUCUGCACUGAAGGCCGCUGUGGAUGGUAAAGACAUGGUGACAAUGAAGGAGCUUGAGUUUGCUAAGGACAAAAUACUGAUGGGCCCAGAGCGCAGGAGUGCACAAAUUGAUGAAAAGAAUAAAGAGAUCACAGCAUACCAUGAAUCGGGACAUGCCAUUAUUGCAUACUACACCAAAGACGCUAUGCCUAUUAAUAAAGCCACCAUAAUGCCGAGAGGCCCUACUUUGGGACACGUGUCCAUGCUUCCAGAAAAUGACCGUUGGAAUGAAACUCGUGCUCAGCUGUUGGCCCAGAUGGAUGUCAGUAUGGGUGGACGAGUGGCAGAGGAGCUUAUCUUUGGCAUUGAGAAUAUCACCACUGGAGCAUCAAGUGACUUUGACGGUGCUACAAAAAUAGCCAAAAUGAUGGUGACCAGAUUUGGGAUGAGUGAAAAGUUGGGUGUCAUGACAUAUGCUGACCUCACCAAACAGAGUCCAGAAACACAGGCAGCCAUUGAACAUGAAGUCAGGAUACUUCUGAGGGAUUCCUAUGAGCGUGCAAAAGCAAUCCUGAAGUCUCGCGCUAAAGAGCACAAAAUCCUGGCUGAGGCUCUACUACAGUAUGAGACAUUGGACGCCAAAGAUAUCCAGUUAGUCUUGGAAGGAAAGACAAUAGACAGCAGAUGAGAGCUCAGCAGGACUGUUAGGCAGUGGGGAAGAAGAAAGAUAUGAAUGUACAUAUGCAGCCAAGAGCUUGGUAGGCUUACACUUCCCAUUCAUAAAAUUGCAUAGUUUUCUGAGCCACUUCUCUGAAAAUAGUUGUUUUACACUCAUAAGAAAGCUAUAACACAAGCUCCUUCAUAGGGUUUUUGUUUGCAAAGAAGUCAUCUUGCUCUAUCCCUGGCUUUAAAUAUUAUUAUUUUGCAUCUAAGGUGCUGCCUUUAUUUAUAGUGGAGCAGAGGCUGGUUUUGAAUAAAUCCUAAAGCUGUAAGCAAUGGUCCAGUCUAUUGAUCGGUAUCAAAUCCCUGUUCGCUUUGUUUGAGCCACAAUUGUCUGAGCCAGGUUGAGUAUACUGUAUGUUUCAUGAUGGCCUUUGAGAAGUCCAUGUAUUUUUCACUUUCUGCACCUUCAGUCUAAUGAACUAUGAAGGAAUUUAAACGACUUCAGGAUUUCAUGUGAAUCAUGUUAUGGAUUCACAUCAUAAAUCCUUUUUCUUAGAGGGAGAUUAUGCAUGAUCCUGUGUUUAAGUAUUGUAGUGUAAAAUCCUCAGUGCUAGUUUAUCCAAGUCUAGCGUUGAGCUUUGUCCUGAGACCCAUCUUUAACUAUACAUGACAGCACUCAAUUGUACAUGAAUCUGGAAAAUUAUGUCAAAUGAAAUUAGAUUAAAAAAAAAUUCAUCUAUUCAAUCAUACUUGCUGUUCAUACAACAAAAGCAGGACAGAAAAAUCACAACACACACACAGUGGAAAAUAUAUUUCCAAAACAUGCACAAUCUUCCUAAACCCUCUGAUAGGUUCACAUCCCAGUGGAGACAUUGGUUCUAUUCAGCUUUAUUCUAUACAUGUAAUAUUUAUUCAUGUACAGCAGUUCUACAUCUAUGAGUGAACCUUGCCUCCAUGUAUGUUUGCAUUUUACCCAAGACCAUUUUAGUUGUGUAUAUACAGUAUAUAUUUAUAAUCAAUAAACUUAAACAAGGACAUUGUAUCAUUGUAUAUAAGUGUAUAGAUUGAUUUUAGUCAUGGAGUUUUGCCUGGUUUGUAAUUCGAAAUGCUUUUUCUUUGAUGCUGUUGCACAUUUAAUAGUGAGUGGGUUUAACUGAGCUGAAGUGAAAUAAAAACAUCUAA